AUGAUGUCCAGUGCGUUUGCCGCCAAGCUACGGGCAGGGGCAAAAGCGACAAAGUCCCCUCUGAAUUCUCAACCAAAUAGCGCUGAGCAACCCAGAUCACGCCCUAAUGAAGCGAUCUUUAACACGCAAUUUACGACAGCCGGCAAACGAUUUUUGACAAAAAUCAAGAAAAGUCGAGCCCUGCAAGUUGAUCGACGGACGAGAGGCUUUCAGCAUGGUCUUGACAAACGGUCAGUAGUCCUUGAUCCUUUUACGAAAAGUCACUAUCGCAUUUUGCUGGUGGAUCCAGAAAUGAUGCGACGUGAAAACCUUGCUGAUGAGCUUGAGCAGCGAUUUGAAAUCUUCGUCGCGCCAAACAAUGAACGGGCAUUUGCGUUGAUAGCGCUAUUCCAGAUAAAUCUUACCUUGUUAAGGCUUGAAAUUGGACAUGACCAAACAGCAGCAACCAGUUCAGCACUCACUUUUCUGCAAGAAAUGAAGCGUAUGUGUUUCCGAACACCGGUAGCGGCAAUUGUUGCUACUUCUUUCGAUACUGAUCAUGAAGUGCAAAAGCUGCUGGCUCGGGCACUCCAGCAGGGGGGAGUAUGUGGUUUUUUUGAAGAAGGACUUGGAUCCGACGUGAUGACUGAUCGGAUUGCCAAAAUCUUGCGAUCGGUUACUCUUGUACAGAAUGAGCUCUCGCGGUGUCGCGAAAUGGCUCAAGAAGACCAGAAGAGUAGAGCUUCUAGUCAUAUUCCAUCGGUAUCACCGCAAGUAGAGCAACACGAGCUUUUACACGCUACGAAAACACGGACGGUUACGACGGGAUCGGCUCCUGGGAUGAAGCGACUGCCAAUGACUGAAGCACCAUCUGCUCGACCGAGUACAGUGACAUUCGACCGACCAAAAAUGCUACUGGAGCUCAGUCUUAACCAACGAAAACAGUGUCUUAGGCAACUGGAGGCACUACAAACAACUCGCGAGUCCAUCCCACAUUCUGUUCUUGGCGUUCAUCUUAAAUCAAAUCCUGCAUCUUCAGAAAUAACAGCAACGCCAUUGUCAAGGUGCAAUUCAUCUUUGUCUCCUGGUGAAGGACAAUUAACUGUGACAAAGACCAUACCCCCGUUGCCCUCUCCAAAGCAAUUGAGUAAGCUGAUAUACACACGGCCACAUGAACUACAGACGCGAAUCGGUCGACAUCUUUAUGAGCAGAAGUAUGUUACGGGACCAUCUGGGCCAGUACCCCAAGACCCCUUGCUAAAUCACUGCGUUGUCAUUGAUCCGCGUGCACAAGGGCGUGACCUUUUAAUAGGGAAAGCUUACAUGCUGUACUGUGAGCAGCGAUAUGAUGAGGCCCUUUUGCAUUGUGAUCGUGCGCUAGGAAGUCCAAAUUUAACAUUGGAAAAGCUAGCACGACUACUUCGAGGAGCUCUGUACGAUAUUUGUGGAAAUCAUGCGCGGGCUGAAGCGGAUUUUCUCGCAUGUCUUCAGAUUGACCCUUCGAUGCAUGAAGCUCUUUUCAAUCUUAGUGUAGCCCGACUGAAGCUUGGCAAAGAUGCUCUUGCCUUAGAAGCACUAUCACAGGCUUUGACAGUUGAGCCACAUAACGAUAAAUAUUUGCAGAAUCGUGGACUAAUUUAUCGGCGGAUGGGGCACUAUGCACAAGCACAGAGCGAAUACGACAGACGUGAAAUUAAUUUUAAGUCUGUGUCUGGACCAUUAUUUGUCCGGAGUACUCUCUAUACUUCCGAAAGUACGCUAAGUAACCAGGACACAAUGUCAGAUUCACCGCCCUCCUCAUAUGUCCUGCGACAUAAUAAAGGGGCGCUCAGUACGAGUGAACUUGAGGACGGACUUUACGCGCAUUUGUUUGGAAAGCCCACCCCAGACAAGCUGGCAUUGGCGUGUCCACCAACAGAGCGCUGUGGCCAGAUGCUGAGUGCAAUCGUUGCUAGACUGCAAACGCUUUUGUUUUUUCAAGACUUUCCACAUGAAAUGCUAGUACGAGUAGCACAAUCCAUGGACUAUGAUGUAAUUGCUUGCGGCAAGCGUUUCGUGUUGGGAGAAAUGCAUUCUCAAAACUUUUAUGUGCUUUUGGAAGGAAGACUUAGCAUCCGCCGACAAUUCGGUGUCACCGAUUUUAAUUCGACCGUGACAACUCAUCAUCUUGGGACUGGCUCAGUUUUUGGAUGUGCUGGCUUUACUAUAUCGACCCAAGCGUCACUCAUUGCUGACGAAAGCGCUGAAAUUGGAAUUUUGUGGCCAGAUGUAUACGAAGCGACGAUUCGAGCCGUGACAUCCCAGAUAAACCACGACAUUUUUGCUUUCUUACAGCAAUUACGUGGAUUCCGUCUGCUACCCACAAGCGAACUUGGUCAUAUUGUAGGGAUAUCGGAACGAAAACGGUAUCGCAAAGGCGAAAUUUUACUUGAACAAAACGAGCAGCCGCGUUUUCUAAUCGUUUUGUGGAAGGGAAGUUGUUCAGUGUACCAGAAUUUUAAUAAUGCACCACUUAGUCGUCGAAGUGCGCGACAAAGCUCCGAUCGAGAUGAUCGAAAAGUGGAGGACAGCGACGAAACAGGUAGCGAUUCAGACAGUGACGAUAGUAGUGACAGCGACACAGAAACUGGGAGAACAAUAUAUCGACGUCAGCUGAAUAAAGAUAUUGAACAAUUCUCACUGCCAUUUCACCACUUAAUUGCCAAGCCUCAUUGGCCACUGGGUUUUCAGACUCGAACACGAGCUCGCAAAUACCGCCGUGGACGUCGCGAUGGAUUCCUUUUAUCUCAGAUGCCACCGCUUCUCAAGUCGUUAAACACAGGCUCACCUUCCUUUGUAUCGUUGCCUGUAUCUCGUCAGAAGAAAAAAAAUCGAUUCUAUAAGAAAAAUGCGCUCGUUCAGAAAUGCGUUGCUCCCGCUGUGUUCGGAGAAUCGCGUUUUCUCGGUCCAACCCAUUCGUCAUCCAAGUGUUGCAUUAUCGCAGAGUCAUUGGUAGAAGUGCUUUUAUUUGACCAUAUGCGAUUGCAGGAAAUGGGUUUGCAGCCAGACGUCGUGAGCGAAUUGUUCGACGUCGCCCCUAAGUACCGAAGUGAAAAAGAAGUUGCUCAGAAACAAGCGGAUACGACCACAUGGAAUGAAUAUCGCAGCCUGCGCUUACUUGAGUUGUCGAAAAAGCGCUGGCCUGACGCCAAGAGACAUCUUCGGGCAUUGUCAAAUGGUUGUAGCAUCAUACUACCCGACAAGUUGAUGCGCUAA